AGGAGAGGGUGGUGAACAGGAUGGCAAUAUGACUUGACAGAUGCUGAUCUCAGAGCUGCGGAUGUGAUGGGCAUGGGUUCUCCUCUUCAUCCCUUUCCCUGCCUUUAAUGUCCCUCUGCAGCGGUCACACUGUGUCCAGUUUUGCUCCUGUGACUGUUCCAGCACUGGCUGUGCUCGGAGCUGAUUGCAGCAUGAAAUGAAGAUCUAUCUUAGGGCAAUGUCUACCCUACAGGGGGAUGCCAGCUGCGACCUUUCGCCUGUUCACCUUGCCAGUGACGGUGUCUUCAGCAUCCUACCAACGCAGACACAUCCCUGUCUCAGGGUAUUUGUAGUCCCACUUAUUCCAGUUUUGCCUGAGGGUGAACCUGUGUUUGGACACUGAGCAGCCCCUUGUGCUGGGGACCCAAGCUGGCUUCUCCAGCAUCGUAUCCAGAAGAACAAACACCAUCAGAACCUCCUUCCUGGGGAUGGUUUAACCCAUUUCAUAGAGGAGAUCUCAAGUCCCCAUGCUGUGGAAACGAGCCCCUUCCUGCCAGCCCAUGUGCCCCAACAAGUUGCCUUCCCUUCUUCUGUGUAUUUAAUUAUCCAGCUUCCUUAAAGCAGCCUUUCGGGGGGCUCUGCAGGAGGCAGGGGGGGGGUGGAGCGAGCUCAGGGCAGCAGCACUCACCGACCCCUUGUCCGGAGCAGGAGCGGCUCAAGGGCAGGGAUGAAGGCGUCCGCAGCGCUCGGGCUGCAGGUGAGAUGCUGUCCCCUUCUGAGUCACGAAGCUGCCGGUGCUGAUUCGAUGAGAGGGGCGGCGGGAGGGGGAUGUCCCCGCUGGGUCCCUCCGGGGCUCGCCUCUGACAUCAGCACAAAACCGGCCAUAAAACGGCGGCCGGGGAGGACUCGGGCUCAGAGAGCGGCCGCGGGGCUCAGCGGGACGGCAGCCAGCGCCUCGUCGUGGUAAGUGCAUCCCCAGCCUGCGGAGCGGUGCUUUCCUCUCCUUCUAGUGAUGCUUUUGCUGCUGUGGCUGCGCUCCCGAGCGCUGCUUUGCCUCUGUGCUCUGUCCCUGUGUCUGUCUGUCCAACUGGCUUAGCGGAUCCCAAAAGGGGGGUGGAAAAAGUUGGUGGCUGCAGCAAACCCGAGCUCCCGGGCACGCUGCAGGCUCCUCCUUUGCAGGUCAUAGACUCACUUGGGUUGGAACCGACCUAAAGAUCAUCCAGUUCCAACCGCCUGCCACAGGGUCCCUGAAAAUAAAGCUGCAUAUCCCUGCCUUGUCCUGCUUAACACAGCUCUCCUGCUUCUGCCCCUUGCCCUGCUCCCUAAGGAGCCACCUUCCACAGGUGGCUGCAGAAAUCAAGCCCAUCACUCAGCCUGCUCUGCACUCAUGGCCUUGGUGCCAUAAAGCACUUUACAGAGUGCUCCCAGGUUAACAGUGCAGCAGACGGGUCCAGGGGUGGCCACGGUUCCUCCAGCAGCACAACCCCUGUGUGCAGCCUUUGCUUGGUGCUACCAGCCCUGCAUUUUCGUGGUGGCCCCAUCUCCAUCUCCUGGGCUGCAGGAUCCCAUGGGCUCCCCAGAAGCCCCAGAGGAAAGAGCGAUGCCAGGCCCGGUCAAAGGUGCUCGGCUGGGACAAAACCCUGUUUAACGUCCCUGGGGUCUGUACAACCCCCGUUUGCAGGGAGCAGUUAUCCCCAGAGCUGCCAUCCCACUGAAACCCUCUGCUUCUGACCAAGCUGCCCUGACCAAGCCAAACCCCUUCACUCCCGCACCCGAGGCCGUUAUCGUUGUGGCACCAUCGGGAAGCUCCAGGCACUGGGAAGCUGCAGGACCAAGCCACAUACGGCCGCAGAGCACUGGGGAUGAAGCCGGGGGCCGCCUGCCUGCUGUGCCUGCUGCUCACCUGCCUGACCCUGCCCGGCGCCCACAGCCGCCACCACCAGCGCUCCAUGGACAUCCGCAGUGAGAACAGGAACCCGGACAUCGACCCCUCCUGGUACACAGGGCGCGGGAUCAGGCCCGUGGGGCGGUUUGGGCGGCGGCAGGCGCUGGAUGAGGGCACCCAUCCUGGGGGGGCUGGCCAGCGACAAGCCUGUGCCCCCCCACACCUGCACCUGCAGCCCCCCCUGGGGGAGAGGAGUCCCUGAGCUGGAGCCCGCAAU